UCCACUUGGGCUCAACCACUCGUUCACAAGCUUUCGACUUGGACAGUCGCGUCCAUGCUCGUACAGUCGCCGAGAAAAUUUGUGUUGUGAUAAUGCAGUUGGCUGAUGUUUUGUGUUAUAUUGUUUUGACGAUAACAGUGACAGCAUCAUGCGCAAGAGCAGAAGAAAACAAGUCCGAAGUAGAAGAACCGCAAGCUGUCAAAAAAAUCAGCAAACGAGAAGCGACAGUUAUUCUUGAUAACUUCCCAAUGGACAGAAUAUUCCAGAAGCCUAAAGUCAUCUACAGAAGAAUAUCGAAAUCAAGAUAUGGACCUCCGAAAUCAAAAUAUGGACCACCGAGGCCAAAGAUUAAGCCACCCAAAGCAACCAAGAAACCUGGAAAGAAAGGCCGUAAAGGAAAACCAAAAAAGGGAGCUAUACCUAAAUUUGGGGUACAUGACUACAAAGCUGUAAAUAAUCUUAAUAAAAAGCGAGCAUCAAAACCUAAACCGAAAUACGGUAUUCCUAAAACGAAACCAAAUGGCAGACCGAGUUUUGGACAUGUUGUGAAAAUGCCCCAUUAUUCCUUCUUCGUACCUGAAAACGGAAAUUUCGGAGAGCCACCAGCGCCCUAUGUAAGAGAUCAGCCAUCGCAAAAACAUGGUUAUAUAGAUCCACUUGUUGACUCUUAUGGUGCGCCUGUGAAACCCAACCCAAUCAAUGAAGUUUAUUCAACGCCCCAAAGCUUCCAAGAAACAUCACCACCAUACGAAGCUCAAGAGUACAACAGACCGGACUAUCAAUGGUCAAACAAUAAAUUUGUACAACAGUCUGACACAGACUACGCUUUUAGUAAGAAUAGGCCUGCGUUUGCGAAGCAGCCUGUUUAUGUAACUCCACAUCCCAAAGAUUACAACGAUGACACAUUCGAUGCAGAUGCAGCUGAAAAGCAUAACGUGAUGCAAGAUAACAAAUUCUUCUUUAGAAGAAAGAGACCGUUUUACUUUGCUGAUUCAAAAGUUGUGAAUAGGCCAUGGAAGCCGAAUAAGCAGAAUGAAUUUGAAGAUGACAUUAUUGUGGGUGGACAGUACGCAGAGCCUCCGGCGAGGUUCCUGGCGAAGACACAGCAAUCACCGAUGUACGAUGAUGAUGAAGACGAGGAUACGUUCUCUCCGCUGCACGGCUACGUGGACAUGGACUUGCCUUCAUCUAACAACUCUCCGUACGUGAAUUACAAGCACAGCAACUUGGCGUUCAGUCCGCAGAACCUGAAUGAUGCAUUCAGUAUAGUAGACAAAUAGAAUUAACUUAAUGUUACGAUCUUAUCUGGGCAAUGAAAUGAGAGUGGGUGGUAGUGAACAUACGAGAGUUUGUGUGAUAUUUUAUGUGCGAAGUGACAAAAUUGAAAUGAAUCUUCAGUAGGUGUUAAAUGAUUCCCCCUUGAUGAACAAAGAUAAAAAUAAAGAUUAUAUUUAUGUGUCCUAACGUGACUACGCAAAACUGGACUAUUUAAAGUAUUUUUUCCACUUCUACCAAAAAUGGACAGACUAAACAACCGUUGGAGCUGUCGAAGAAUAAUGUUAGUAUUAAUAUUUGGUACCAUACUACUAUCGUAAUUAUUUUACUUUAGAUAAGUAGUGUAAACCAAGAUAAAGUACUCGAUUAAAAUAGAAUAGAUCAAGAGCGGACGACUGCCAGACCUCCGUAUACCAUAUUACAGACAUUGAAAUAUGAUCUGUGCUCAUUAUUUAUAUACGAGUACAGUUCACCUCUUACAGGACAAAAGAUUUGGACUCACUUGAUGUGCUAUGAUAAACAUUGGACCAUGUUGAUGUAAUUAACAGCAAAAAAAAUCGCAAGAUUAGGAUUUUGGUCUACAGAGACAUCGUCAGUAGUCAAUCAUUCAUACCAUAAUUCAUACCCAUGUAGUAUGGAGGUGUAUAAAAAGUUUUUUUAAGUAUAGGAGGUCUGAUAAUCUUCGAUUCUCUUUGAGAUAUCAUUCUUCCAAAAUGAUAACUUCUUAUGUGUGGUUCUUUUCAUGCUUUAUUGUCUCGUUCCAUUUUAUUCAUGUACAACGAGCUAGAUAUUAACUUAAUUCCACCGUAUUAUUAAAAUGCCUUCUUUAAAUUAAGUAAUUGUAAUUUGUAGAUAACAGAAAAGAUGUUAGGAAUUGGAGAACCCAAUACUAGCAUAAGUUGUUUAGCAGUAGUUACUUUUAUAUGAACUAUAUAUAUUAAAAGGAUAUAAUAAAUUAAAAAUG